AUGUACAAUAAUUAUUACCUAUUAAUUAUUAAUUAUUAUAUUUUAGUUGCGAUUAUUAUUCUUUCUGCUGUUAUCGGAUUCGUUGUGUUUAUGGAUAUUUUAAAAUAUAUCUUUAAUAUUGAUCCAGUACAAAAUCCAGAUCUACGAGAACUUGCCAGAAUCAUUCGCACAACAUUAAAAUUCAAACGAAACGCUAUUCAAAUCAAUCUAACAACAGACUCCCGCCGGAAAAUAUUGAACCAUCAGCAACUUCAUAUACCACCCGGCUUCCUUCCAGCACACAUCAUUCGUCCGCAACCACAAGGAGUGCAAGAGACAACUGAAAAACAUUAUUCAGAACUUCGCAAUCCGGCUUUCGAUUUUGCGAUCGUGCUCUCUUAA